GCGACUUGGUAUAAAAGGAGGUGAUGUACGUAGUAAACAAGUAGCCGCCGCCGUGGAAGCCUCGAAGCAAUUCCUUCUGCUUUUAGUCUCUGCAAAUCGACUUCGAGCUCUCUGACCGCCAACAUGUUCAAAGCAAGGACGGCCAUUUCCCUCGUACUGAUCGUGAGUGUCGUACUAGCUUCUGGCCUGGACUACUGGCCGAGUUAUGUCUUGGGAAAGAGUGAUCUGAGUCGUCUUAGGGCUGAACAAAACGAUUUGGAAAGCGAGAUGUUUUGGAGACAGUACAAACGAAUCUUGGGCAACACUAAAG